CCACGCUAUAUAGAGCCACGGACACGGAGAGGAGAGCAGGACCGGACAGGAGCACCGAGGUGACCGAACCACAGGACGAGUCCAACUAUGGCCAACAUGCUGAGAUCGUGGGUGAUGUUCGCGGCUCUGGUCGUCUGCCUGCUGGUUUGCUGGAGCGGCUUCGCGGACGCCUACCCUCCCAAACCGGAGAGACCCGAGAGCAACGCCUCGCCGGAGGAGUGGGCCAAGUACCACACAGCUGUCAGGCACUACAUCAACCUCAUCACCAGGCAAAGGUAUGGAAAGAGAUCUUCCCCUGAGGAGGCGGUAGCCUGGCUGCUGCUGGGCGCAAAUUCUGACCAAGACGGCGAGCCGCGCUCCGACUAUGCUGGCACAUGGUGAAUGAGCCCAGACUGAAUCGAACCAGCUACCCAAUUCCCCCAACCCACCAAUCAAAACAUUUCUCAAGAGAGCACCUGCACUGGCCACUGGACAGAGUCUCAAUAUUUAAUUGUCUAAUGUGCAUGCAAAUCAGCGUCUCUCUUUUUCUGUUUGUUUUCGGACAGUAACUGUAUGUAUCUGUUGAUUCUCUAAAAUUGUAAAUAAUUUGUAUCUAUAAAAGUCUCUUCACAAUAAAUAUCUCUGAGUGGAAUAAAAAAAAAGUUUGGCAA